AUCAACAGAAAACAUCGAUCUGAAACGAGCCCCAGCCGCGUUUACAGUUUAUUCCCAGGGGUUAUUUUCCAUCUCCGUGAUUUUCUCUAUUCCAUCCAAGUAACGGCUCGCCAUGGUAAACAGCCGCGUGGAGUCUUCGUCCGUGGCUGUGACGGGAGGCGGUUCGGCGAUGCGGUCGUGUGCUGGCUGCGGCAGUCGUAUUUCCGACCGUUUCCUGCUGUUCUCCAUGGAACGGUACUGGCACACGCGCUGCCUGAAGUGCUCCUGCUGCCACGCCCAGCUGGGGGAGAUCGGCACCAGCUGCUACAGUAAAGGAGGCAUGAUCCUGUGUCGGAACGACUACAUCAGGUUGUUUGGUCACAGUGGUGCGUGCAGUGCCUGUGGUCAGUCGAUUCCCGCCAAUGAAAUGGUCAUGAAGGCACACAGCAGUGUGUACCAUCUGAAGUGUUUUACCUGUGCCACCUGUCGGAACCGUUUGGUGCCUGGUGACCGUUUCCAUUAUGUCAAUGGUACCAUCUUCUGCGAACAUGACCGCCCCGGUGGAGCCCUCCUCAGCAGUCACCUGACCAACACGCUCUUGCCUGACCAGAAGGUGUGCUGAGGAGUCUUUGACUACAGAAGAGCAGUGUGCCUUCUCUCCUCCCUUCUCCUCCUG